CGCCUGUUCGAAGGGGGUCGCGGUUUGUCACGUUGCGCCGGGGCCCAGCUCUCUGCGCGGCCGGGCGGGCGGGCCCCGAAGCGGCGUUGGGGCGGCACAGGCUUCAAGAAACUAAUUGACGCAUACAUCAAAAGAUGGCUAGAUCUAGAUCAAGAUCACCAAGGUGGAAACACAGGUCCUUAUCACCUGCAUUUAGGAGCCCAGAACAUCAUAGACAAAGACAUACUCAUAUUAAUUAUGACUGUGAAUAUAAGGGAUUUAGGAAGGACCUGAAGAAACCUAUGUCUUGGAGAGUGGAAGAUGGGAAAUACGGACAAAGCAAUUAUAGAUUUGCACCACAUGGGAAUCUCCACCACAGAAUUUAUGAACAUAGAUCAUCUUCGCCAAAUGUAAAAAGAACUCCUUUAGAGGAUACAUAUAGUCAUAAACCCUGUAGAACACAUUCAUCAGAAAGGGGUGAAGGCAACAGGAGAUAUCAAUUUCCAGCCAAAUACUCAGAAGUAUCCUAUAAAGAACAUGAUCAGCCUUUUUACUUACACAAAAUGGAAGAAAGAUAUAUGCCUGAGGACUUCAGAGUCACCGGAGAUGAAAAAGGAAUGAAACCUUUUCAUAGACCGUUAGGGGCUUCAUGUAAAUUUGAAAGAAAAUGGCAUGAAGAUGAAAUGAGGCACCAGAAGUUUCAGGAAGACAAAUAUGGUCAAUCGCUCCGAAGAGCUUCUGAAGAAUUUACAACAAGGAGCUCUUUGCAGAAGAGGUAUCCUGAAGAUCGUGAUUACAGAGAACAUGGGCACACAUCUAAAAGGGCUAAAGAAAUUGAGAGAGAUGACGAUGGAGAAAUAGCAAGAAAUCACAAAUGGAAGCAAGAUCGUUCUUUUCCACCCUACCAAAAAAAGGAGGAGCAAAGAAACAUUGGUCCCCAAGCUCAUCGGUCUGCUGAAAGGGAGUACACAAAGAGUUCUGUUACGAAGCUAGCAUAUGACUAUAAUUACAAACAUCAUAGACACCUAGAUGGGACAAAAUCUUUUUCUGAUGAUAGAGCUCAGAAGUAUGUAAAGCAGGAAGACCAAAAAUAUAAUUCUCCCAAGGGUGCUCUGAAUAGCAAAGAGUUAGAUUAUUGUAGUGGUGGAAGAGUAAGACAGACUGAAGAAGGGCAUAAUGAAGUGCCCAUUAAAUAUAGUUCAGUGAAGGGCUGCAAUGCAUGUGCCAACUCUUACAAAAAUGAUGUUGAUCUGAGACCCUUUAAUAACACAAAGAAGGAAAGAGUAAGGAAUGAAGGGGAUUUCAGAAAAAAAAUAGAUUCUUCUAAUAGCCAUCAUGACACAAGUCAUACAGUUUCAGAUGUGAAAAUGUCAGAUGUCACUCCUAGGAAGGAGCUGCUCACAAUCAAAGUGGAUAUGAAGAAAAUGAUGAACAAGUACAGGACUGGUUCUAGCCAUACUAUGGAGCGGCAGAUGUCACAUGAUCUGGUUGCUGUUGGCAGGAAAAAUGAAAAUUUUCAUCCAGUGUUUGAACACAUGGAAUCUGUAACACAAAAUGUGGAGAACAACCCAUCAAAAGAAUUUACUCAGGAAAUCAUAACAAUUAUCCAUCAAGUUAAAGCAAAUUAUUUUACAUCUUCUGACCUAACUCUAAAUGAACGCUUCUCAAAAAUUCAAGAUAAACCAGUUGUAAAUUUAAAUGAAGUUAAAAUAUAUUCAGAUCCAGAAAUUCACAGGAGAAUUGAUAUAUCUUUGGCAGAACUUCAGAAUAAACUAGCUAUGCCAUGUGAAUCUGGACAGACUGUUGUGAGAGUUCUAGAAGAUCCAAAUGAUCUACGGCAUGAUAUAGAGAGGAGGAGAAAAGAGAGGCUGCAGAAUGAAGAUGAGAGAGUGUUUCACAUAGACAGUGUAAUUCAAAGGAAUGAGCACAAUGGUAGCUUUUCAAAAUUACAGAACUCUCAAAUUGAUGGAUUCCAAAAACCUAUAAGAUUCCUAAAACCACCUUUCAGGAAAUUUAUUAAGAAACCUCACAUGAAUUCUUAUUAUGCUGCAAAAACAAAUGACAUCUUUACUCACAGACCAUUUGGAGGACACCUGGAAAAUCCAAGACCCUUCAGAAGACCCUUUAAGAACAACUUUACAGAUGGUCGAUUGCAACACAGUUAUAAAUCAGGCUUAGUACAGAAGGGUUUAUAUAUUCAGGCUAAGUACCAGCGGCUACGUUCUGCUGGUUUAAGGGGAUUUACCACUUAUAAAUUCAGAGAAGGAUUUUUGAGGAAAGAAAAGGAACAGUCAGGCAUUGCCACAGAAACCUGAACUGUGAUAAGUGGAGACAUACAAUAACACGGCAAGGGAGCAUCGGUUUGUUUUUUUACAACUUUGUCAGGAAUUAAAAUGGGAGAAAUGAACUAACACUGUAACUGUCUCGAUAAAAUAACUAUUUUUUCAGUAGUAACAUGCUGCAGAACUUUUUACGGUUUUAAUCAUUGCUUUUAAAUUACAGUAUUCAAUUGAAAAGUUUAGUAAUGGUACCUUUGGUUCUUUUUGCAAACAAGUCCCAAAAAAGAAAAAUUGAAGGGAGUCUUAUUUAUUGAAUACUUUUCUCUAAGCAUGAUUUUUAUGAAUAGAACUUGAGUUGUUAUACCCAGAGGUUUAUAUGUUGAAAUGUUUAUUGCUUACAUAAUUAAAAGAAAAAAAAAAGGAGGGGGGAAGAAGUGCCUGAAUUGUUCAGUGAUAGCAUAUUAGCUCAGGGGUCUCCAAACAAUGAUUUCUUAGGUUGUGCAAUAGAGCUUACAGCUGUUUUGAGUCAUUUCCCUAGAACAAUCUUUGUAUUUAUUUUUGCCUUAUAUUUAGUUGGGUUUUUGACUUAAAUAUAUAUAUAAAUUUGUAAAUAAAUUGUUAGAAAAAUUGUAACAAUUUCCAACAUUUUCUAAAAAUGUGUAAUAAUGGGUAGGUAUGUCAUCUAUUACAUAGCAGAAACUUGUAACUGCACUGAGAUGCUUCGGUUAGUUAGAGGACUGGUUGACCUGUAUGCAGAAAUAUUCUGGCUCAUCACUUUUUUCCAUCUAUAUCAUUUCUUGAUUAAGCAACACAUUGUCUUAUCUUCUGCUACAAGUAACCUAGGGACUUACUUGAUUCUAAAAGUGGGCUUAAAGAUAUGUAAAAAAUUAGAUAAGAGGAGCAUAUUUUCUAACAAAACUGUUUAUAACAAACUAUUUAAGGCAAAAAGCUUGUAAUUUUUUUUAUUAAAAUCCCAAUCAUUCUCCAUAGUUUACCACCCCUCAAUAUCGUUAUGCUUUAUGCAAAAAUCAAGCAGGCUGAUGUACAUAAUAUAAUGCUCAGGCCUAAAGCAAUACUGUAUUGUGUUCAUUUCCCAUUUAUAGUUUGAGCCUUAAUGUAGAUAUGAUGAGGUUGUUUAUGUUAAAGAUUUGUUUCUUAAUCUUCUUAAUACACUACGCUAAAGACUUCUUAAUACACUACGCUAAAGGCAUAUAACAAGUAACUUUUCCAGGGAAAACUUUCUAAUUAAUUUCAAGAAGAAAGUUAUUGUCAUCCAAUCUUGUGCAUUUUAGUAAUCUCCAAUGUGAUAGUAGCCAUAAAAGUACACAUUAGAAUCUCAUUUAUGGAAUGUAUUUAGAAAACUGGCACAUUCAAUAGGCAUGUGAAAAUACAAAGGAAAACACUCAAUUUUUGGGAAGAUCAAGCUAUAAACAAUAUAUACUGCAUGAUUUUCCAGAGUACCUUUAAUAAUAGGAAUAUUUGACUUAUUGAAACUCCUAAGCUGUGGUUCAAGGGACUAUAAAAUUUUAAUACACUGAAAUUUGCCUAAAAACUUUGACAUACACUUUGGUACACAGUUUAGUCCUCAUGUAGAAUAAUAUUCAGUACUUACUAGUAUAACUGCGAUUCAACAAUAGAGAGACAUGUCGUCUUCUGUGAAUGUUUCCAAAAGCUAAGUACAGGACUUAGGUGGUAAUGUACAUACACUGCUCUGGUCAAAAAUUAAACUAGUUUUUUCAGGAACUUACGGUGUGCAUAAGCCAAACAGAAAGUUGUGUUAGAAGAAAGGUUUUCUUUUUCAAACCAAUACAGCUAACAAUUUACAGGUAGCAGUAAAUAUUUUAAAUAUUAGACUGCAUAAAGUGACCCUGUCCAAAUCUAGGCCCAAUUUGUGCUCAAACUGUCCAACAGGAAUGCUGCUUCUGAAUAUGGAGAAAUAUCUUUAAACAACCGUACACACAAUAGAACGUAAACUGUUGAAGCUGCAUUGCUUUAUGGGGCAAUACACUGUUGUACUAUUUCUGAAACAUUUUCAUUGUUUUCACAAAAGUUCUGCAGAAGAAUUACAUUUUGAGCCAAGUAGGAAAAGAUGGGUACAUGAGACAACUCCUCCAUAUCUGAUAAGGGAAUUUGAUACCAUUGUGUGGGACUAUACAGUACUGGGGCACUCAGAGAUCAAAGUUAAUAAUUUUAUGCAAAAAUUCCAACAUUAGAAGUAUUAAUGACUUCCCCAACUGACUAGUAUGUUUUGCUGAUUCUAUCUAUGACAAUGGGUAGCUUUAAUUUCUUUUGUACUUCAGUUAUAUCUUGUUCUGUGCACGGUUUAAAAGAGUGAUGACCACUGAUGGUAAAACAUUGCAAAUGGCACAUAUUUUAGACUGUAGCCAUUGUAAUUUUAUAAACUUUUCUAAUGGGGUGUAUCAAACACUACUCAUUCAGUCAUUUGUACUUUGACAUGCUUUUCUUAAGAGCUCACCACUUGAACAAAUUAUUUUUUACUAAUAAUUUAGCAAUGCUAAUUCAAGAUUCCUCGACUGCAUUAGUUUAAUAAAUUGGGUGUAUAGUUAUUUUAGCUUACAGGAAUUUACUUGAAUUUGAGGUCUUUCUAAAACAGCCUGAGUUACUACUCAUGCUGUUAUCCAGCAUAUCAUCUACAUUGAAGAGCAGCUGCUGUCCUGCUAAUUGGGGGAAUGUUGUAGAGAUGACUCCCUCCACAUUGUGCAAAGACUUCAUUACAUACUGUCUGAUAGCGUAUCUUUAUACACAAGUGUACACAUACACAAUUGGCUCACUUAGCACUGCACACUUAACUGAUUUCUGUGUUAGAUGAAUACUAUACAGUGAUGUACCUGCUGAGAAUAAUAGACUGAAAUACCAAAACGCAGCCCAGAAAUAGAGGAAGGAGGAAGUUAGUGAGAGUUAUAAGAAAAAUGAGAUCAUAAUAUUAUUCUGUGCCUUUCUGUAAUGUACUGCAUUAAGGAAAAUAACCUCUUGCUGUACAAAAACAAAAUGUCAUUUUCAAAAUCAGUUUGAUGGAAAUGUGGGCAGGAGACAUUUGUGGAUUACAAUAGCCACUUUGUUUCACUAUGCAAGUUAUUCUCAGCCUCCAUAUUGUAGCUUAACUAAAAGGAGGCAUAGGUAUAUCCUUUUAUUGGCAAAGCCAAUUGACACUAGUAUUGUGAAGUGUUAGCUGUUGAAUAUGUAAUUGUCUGACAGCCAUUCUUUUUAGUUGUUUUUUUUAAUUGGUGUAGAUCUUUAUUGUUAAAUUGCUUUCAGUCAUCUCGAAAUGACUGUACUAGAAUGCUUGUCAUAUUCCCAAUAGCAUUUUAUACAUUUUAUAAAUUGAAAUGUUUAAAUUAUUCUUCACCAAUAUCCAAAAAUGCAGUGGUUUAAUACGAUCAAAGUUCCAUUUUUAAAUGUGUAAUUGCUUUGACAUAUACAUCUGACAUUGCAUGGCUAGAACCCUAAUUUAAUCUUUUGGUGUUUUUUUGCUUUGAUGAUCAGACUUGCAAAGUUAAGAAAAGUGUGGGAGUUGCUGGGAAACUAGAGAGCUAACACACUAGUAGAGCUCUGCCUUACCCUCUUGGUUUGCUUAAUUUUUAACAACUUCUUCAAAAUUCAACAAUUUACCUUAGGACUUGCUUAUAUCCAGGUUUUGAGACAAGAAGACUACCUCAAUGCAGAUGACUGAUUUCUUUGGGGAUUCACCUGAAGGCCCAGUCUGGACACUAACUCACUAUACCUAGGUGUCAUCCUCUCUUCCACGGCAUCUGGAUGAAACAGACAUUCAGCUUCUGGUGUCUGAGCUUAGAGUUGCACAGAUAAUCAAAAGGUUGAAGGUCUGUGAAACUUGAUAGAAAAGGAAGGCAUUUCAGUCCAUGGACAAAUGCAUCUCCAUCUUGACUCAGACAUGAUGGGCAGAGUGAGAGGGGCUUCAGUGAAGUGAUUAAGAUACUGGUGGUAAGUGAUAAGGAGGACUUGGAAAAUACACUUGGCUUUUCAGUAUUCACCUUAGAGGAGGGAUAGAGCAUACAAUCCUUACUAAACUUUGCUUUACUUGCUGGAAGAAUCUGCUUUCCCAAGGUCUUUAGAAACAGGACACACAGUUUGCCUCUGUUUAAACUGCUAUUAGUGCCACCCUUGCCAAGUUGUCUAUAUUCCUUGGUUAAAGGGAAAAUCUUAAAAUUUGUACACCACCUAGUGCAGCAAAAAUCUGCAAAAACUUAGUGCCUAGAUAUAUGCACAGAUCUCUUGCCUAUGACAUGACUUUAUUCCACGGGUGCAGGUUAGGAAGAUACUUGGUGCUUCAGCAUCCCUGCAAAGAAAAGUACCAUAAAUAUAAUUUUAAAAUAGCAACUGCAAGAACUAUGAAUGCUUACCUACAACCCUCUAACUCUUCAUUAGACUUCCAGGAGACAGUUAAAUGUUGACCACUGUCCUAUCUCAGUCUUGGCUAAGAGAAAAUUUCAGUGAUAAGGAGUUGACAUAACUACUCUUAUAACAAAGUCCUUAGCCUGUUUCUUGAGUAAAUACUUAGGCAUGUGAUUUAGCACAGCCUUGUGCCUCCCUGCUUUCUUUAUAUACUUCCCCCCCUACACACUAUACUAGCUGUUGCUCUGAAUCUUGUCUGAGUCAUUUAAAUCUCAGUCUUGAAAUGUUGGUGUAAUAUUCUGUAAAUAAUUUAGUUGCUAAUCUUAUUUUGUGACUGGUUUCUUUUUCUCAUGACUGUUUUUAUUCUAGUUAAUGAGUUUGGUGAAGGGCCUUCCCAGUGAGUUGCUGAUUAAGUAAACAGACCUUGGAACAACAAAAGCUUCUUUCCUUUGUUUAGAUAUUAUCAACAGUUUUCCAUCCAGCAAGAACGUGGCUCGCUGGAUUGUUAAGAAAUGCAUUUAAAGUAGACCCCAUCUAUACUGCAGUUCCUCUCCAUUAAACCUUUUAAAGUGUUUUUUUAAGUUUAACAUGAUAGUUUUUGCUGGUGUGGAUGGAGAAUACUAUAUUUUUUUAAAUCUUCACUAUUAAGAGUAAAACUGUCUAAAGUGUGACUUAGUCUCCCGAUUCACUAUAAUUACGCUAUGUUUAAUAGUUUCCUGAUCAACAACCUAUAUAUUGACAUUCAGGUAUGCUUAUGUUUGACUAUGUACAGAUACAGUGUUCCUACAAACUCUAAAUAGAUGUUUUAACAAAUUUAAUGUUUUCGAGUUGCAAAUGGUUUUAAUGAGUUGUUUUAGCAGGAGGAAUUGAUAUCAUGUGUAGUUACUGAAGUAGUGUCCAGUCUUCCUUAGAAAAAAUUCUGCUAGAUUCUUUCUGCAAAAAUGUAGUCCAUAAAAAUAUUUGUGUACUACAUUGCUUUUUUCACCUCAAGGCUUCAUCCAUUGCUCUUUUGUGAAUAUAAAGCUUUAAUCCAGUUAUAAUUUUGGGUACGUUUCCUUUCUGGCGAAUAGAAUCAAUACUACCCUCUAUUUAAUAUUUCUUGUCUUUAUAGUGCCCAUAAAUGUUCUUGAAUUCUUAGAAUGGUAAUCUUUGUGUAUUAUGAUGAUGGAUACAGUAGAAAACUCUGAGACAGGUUCUGAAUAUAUCACUUAUUCCAUUCAAAAGGUGUAGUUCCGUAUCCUUUGUGUUGAAAAUCCUUGUUAUUUCUACACCACAUAUGGGGAGGGCGUGCAUUUGCCGUGUGUGUACAUUUCUGCUGAAUGUUUAAAACUGCUGUAACAAACUCAAGCCCAUCUAUGCUAGUUUUCACAAGUCACUACAGUUUUUAAAACUUCGAUUUUUAACAAAAUGGAAAGUAGUGUAAUAAGUGACCUUAGAAUCUAGGGAUAGGGCUGAAGGUUAGACUAAUUUCAAUUGCAGUCAGAAAGUCACUAACUUUCUAUAUUACUUUUGUCCUCUAUAACAUCUUUAGGCUUAACAGAAUCAUAUCUAAGUUCAGAUUUGCAGCGUUCCAUUUUCUAAAAUGUAAGAAAUCAUCUUGAGAAAAGUGAGUACUCUGCACUCCAGUAGUAUGACAAGGGUGUGUGUGUGUGUGUGUGUUUUGUGAUACCAUCCUUUUAAGUAACACUAAAAUGUAAAAAAGUAACACUGCCCAGAACUUAGGCCCUGAAAGGCCCUUAAGAGGCAUGUCUAUUCUCUCUCUUGAAACUCAGAAGUAAAAAAUUUAAUGUUUGCCUUUUUCUAACCAGUUGCCAAGAAAGUUCAUUCUUUCCCUAAAAUUGUAAAGAUCCAAAUUAAUAUUUGUGAAUCACAGUCUUCUGUUUAUGAUCCCCAUUAGACUCUAAUAAUCAUCCCUGAAGGGAUGGAACAGUGAAGCAAAGCUCUGGUCUGGAGUAGACUUUUUUAAUGAUGCAUUUAGUUGUAAUAGAGGCAAAUAGAUCACUUCCAUUCCUGAGGCCCAAUUUUAGAUCUGAAAGUUGUCUGGGAUUUUCAAAAAUGCCUAAGUGACUGAAGAGCACAAGUCACCCUAAAAAUCAACAAGAACAAUUUUGUGCUUUUUGAAAAUUGCAUCCUACAUACGGCUGAGUUUUUGUUCCUGAGAAAUACAUCAGUCAAAAAAUCAUUUUCAUCUAAAAUACAUAAUCACAUUCCAUACAUCAGGGAAAUUUUGUACAUUUUAACAAAUACUUUCAUUUUUCUAAGCAAACACUGUAGUUGUGAAGAUUAAUUUUCUUUUCCAAAUACUUUUUCUUUUUUAAACAUAUCCUUAUCUCUAAUUUAUUAUUCAAUAUAUAUAUUAAGUGUAUAUCAUUCCAUUGGCAAAGUAAAGGGCAUAGAAAGCUAUUUGGGGAUAUUAUGAUAUCAUCUUGAGGCCCUAACCAUAUCAGGUCCUUCUUGUAAUAGGCACUGCAUGAACAUACAAAUAAUGAUGCUUCUUGCCACAAAGAGCUUACAUUAUAGAAAAAUGAGGUUUUUUCACUUUCCAUAAUGGGAGUGUAUUAUCUUCAUGCUUUAAUUCUUGGGAAACUGGCUAAUUCAAGUACAGUAAUUAUUUUAGAGUGAUUUUCUUCGAGUUAGACAGAAGUUGCUAGAGUAUGCUGUGACAGAAGGCAAGAGGUUUUCUGAUUCUGAGAGCCUCGCUGGGAAUUGUACAUAGGAGUAAGCCAGUUUGUGAAAACUGGAAGACACUGUGGCAUCUAUCUCCCUGCCAGCCCUGAUACAUUCCUGUAGAAACUGCUAAAGAAAUGCUCCUCUUUCUAAGGCUAUGUCUACACUACAGCCAGGAUUGAUGCUCUCAUAUCGAUCCACCAGCGGCCGAUUUAGCAGGUUUAGUGAAGACCUGCCAAAUCGACAGCAGAUUGUUACCCCUGACGAAAACAGUAAGGUAAGUCGACGGGAGAGUUUCUCCUGUUGACCUCCCUACAGUGUAGACCCCAUGGUAACUCGACCUAAGGUAUGUUGACUCCAGCUAUGGGAAUAACGUAGCUGGAGUUGCGUAGCAUAGGUCGACUCACCGCGGUAGUGUAGACAUAGCCAGAUAAAUUAGGUAUAUCAAUUACUCCAGUACACCUUAAGCUCCUUAGAACCACAACCGGAGCAAUUAACAUUCUACAAUGGAAUCAUCCCUAUUCUUAUCAAAACUAGUUCCAUCAAUUCUAAAUAUAGAUUGGCACAUUAUUUACUUAUGAUCUUGGACUCUUCUUAAAUGGAGGCAGAUGGGUUGUAUCAGAAUAGACAAUUGCUGAAAUUGUAGUGCUGGAAAGGUAUUUCCACACUUUCUGGUAAUCCCACAGAUUUAAAGAAUAUAGCAAAGCCAUUAUAAAAGGAGUGUUUGGUUAUUUUAAAAAGACCUUAAACCUCAAUUCAUAUUGUGGAAAUGUGAUGAAUUUAGUACAUGAGACAGAUGUAAACUGGACCUUGUGCAGACUUUGUAUGGUUGCAUUUGUAAGUAAAGAGCCAGACUGUGAGGUGUUAGAGAAUUGUCCACUUCCUGAGUGUGGAAGAAUGGCUGCAAGAAAUUUUCCAAUGCCAUUGCCUGGGGUGAACAGUGAAACAGAAUAUGUUUCAGUUUGCAUCUCUACUCUGCUUUUGAUGGAACUACAUUAAUGUACAAGUUUGGCUUGAUUCUUCUUUUCAGUACAUUUCUAUUCUCUCCCUAUUGAGUGUUGGAUUUGUUUUACUAUUUUCCUUACAGAUAUGUUUAAUAAAAACAAAGAAAUCAUGUAACAUUAUAA